AUGCGCACUUUCUCCGCAUCGCUUGUUCUUGCCGCUCUCGUCGCAGGCCCGGCUAUCGCUGCCCCGCUCACGUCUCGCAACGUGAACGUCAAUCAGGAUGGUCCCCACUUCAUCCUACCGCGCUCGCAGGGCUUGCAGUCGUCGCAGUCCUCUCAGCCUCUGCAAUCUGCGUCGGCCUCGCCAGAGCCAUCGAUUGAGCUGCCGCUCAACUUCCAGCCAAUCGGCCCUGCAGUUACGGUGUCGAAGCGCGAACCUGUACAGCCUGUCUCGUUCAUACCUGUUGGCGCCGCUCUCGAUGGCACGAACUCGGCUCCGCCUGCGGACACAGCCCCCGCAGACACAGCUGUAGAGACCGCAUCUGCAUCUGUGUCUGCGCCCGCUUCAACGUCGACCGGAACCCCCGUGGGCACGCGUCCCGUCUCGUUCAUUCCCGUAGGCGCCGCACUCGGCGGCAACACGAAGCGCGAGCCUGUUCAGAGCCCACCCAUCGUCUCCCCCGGCACCUUCGGCGGUGUCCCCCCUGCGUCAUCCUCUGCAACCGAGUCUGCCCCAGCCACCUCGCAGUCCGCGUCCACAGGCGUGCGCCCGGUCUCGUUCAUCCCGGUGAAUGCCCUUCAAGGCGAGGCCGCGUCUAAGCGCGCCAGCACUAUCCAUUCGGUCUCGUUCAUCCCGGAGGGAGCGCUCGAGGGCAAUGCGAAGCGCAUCGUCGAUCCCAUCAAGCCGCUUCCCGUCAACUCGCCCAUAGACUACGCUGGUGCCCAGAAGCGCGAGCCCGUGCACCCCGUCUCCUUCAUCCCGGUUUCGGCUUUGACUGGCGCGCAGAGGAAGGCCAGGCGCCAGGAGGCUUCUACUAUCCCGCCCGCCGGCUCUGCACCUGGCACUGUCCCUGCGACUGUCACCUACUCCGCUGGCCAGUCGGACGGCCCGAUGAUGUGCAUCUUCAGAGAGGACGGCUCUGUCGUCGCCAUGCCCGCUGCGAGCGGCACGGUCUAA